CUAAUUAGAUUUUUAUCUUGAUCUUUCUCAGAUACUGGUAUCUUGGGCCUCUAAAAACCAAAGCAGCUCACUUUUUCAGCACUCUUAAGGAGUGGCCUCAGACACAUCAGGCCUGUAUUUCGUACACGGGACCUACGGAGAGACCCCCCAGUGGAACGGCGGAGACUUCCCCAAGGCCCUCCCUGUACAGGAGGAUACUGCGCAGGCUUGCGUCCUACUGGGCCCAGCCGCAAGACGCCCUCUCCCAGAAGGUGAGGCCGGAGGACUGGAAGGAAAUGCAACUGUCCACCAUCGAACUGUCCAUCACCACACGCAACAGCCAUCUUGACCUUACGAGCAAAGAAGACUUCAUGAACAUCUGCGUGGAGCCAGACACCGUCAGCAAAGGAGACUUUAUAACUCUCGGAAGUAAGAAGGUGAGAGACCCGGAGCUGCAUGCCGCGGGCACCGAGUGUCUCCACGCCAGCCGGUGCGCCCUGCUAAUUCCCGAGGGGACCGAGGGCUCCUUCAGCAUCGACAGCGAGGAGUACGAAGCAAUGCCGGUGGAGGUGCAGCUGCUCCCCCGGAAGCUGCAGUUCUUCUGUGACCCAAGGAAGAGAGAGCAGAUGCUGCAGAGUCCAGCCCAGUGAGCGGGUGCAGUGAGAAGUGGGCGCCCUUUACGCGCCAGUGGGACCACAAGGGGACCAGGCCGCCCCUGCCACUCACGGUGGGUCCAUCUGCCCCUCCACUCUCAGCUGUUGCCAUGCGCUUCCGUGCUGCGGCAGCUGCUCCCUCCUCCACGCUGACUUCCUCAGGCUGGUUCCAGGAGUUCUCCCUCAGGGGAUGGAAAAGGGCCAGGCCUUAUUGCCUGGGAGCAGGCCUCACAGCAGCACUUCUCCUGCUUGUUCUGGUCUCUGGCGAUCCUAGGGCAUGCAGGGAAGGGCUGCCUACCCUCCUAUCUGGGUGCUGCUGCCUCCUGAGCUCUGACUCUGUUCCCCUUCUGUCCUCCGUCCAAACCGUAAGUGCGAUGUUUUCCCCCUCAGCUGCAGCUGAAACCUGUAUGAAAAUCCAUGCUUCCUAAAUGUUGGUUUGCAUGAGAACUACUUGGGGUGGGUGCAUGUUAAACUGAAUCGCUUGGGGCCCAACCCUAACAGCUCAAUCCAGGGCUGGAGCCCAGGAAGCUGCAUUUUAAAAAACAGAGCAGCCUGCCCUCCCCCCAAGAUCCUCCACCUUACCUGGCCACACAGCAAAGCCGCAGUCCACACAGCUCUGCCCAGGGGCUGUCCUGGAAAAAUCAUGUGCCCCGCCCACUUGUAAGCCGCAUCUAAAAUUCUCGAAGGGAAGUAAGAGUUGCCAAAGUAUGUAUUUUCUGGUGUCAUGUAAAUAUUGGUAUUUUAAAAUAAAACUGUUAACAUCACUCCCUUAAACAUAUUCAGUGUAAUUUAAAUACAUAACAAUUUGAUGCUCAUCAUCCAUUUACAAAAAUAAAUUAGCCGUUGAAAAGUUUAAAUUGAGUAUUUCCAGACCACUUUCAGCAGAGAAUGUGGUCCUGCUGUGAUCUAUUUUUAUCACUCAGCCGGUCUUCCAACAAAAAAUAUAAAUGGAAAUGUUCUUUAUAACACUU